AGUGACUACGCUUGCUGACUUUCUGCAGUUUUUUUUGAUGGAGACCCUGCACGGAGUCAGCAAGUACUCAGCUGUUCGGGGCAGUAUCGUGGCGCAAAUGCAACGCUGAAUUCACCAUGGGUCUCCCGAAUCCUUUCCUUUUGCCAGCAUCAUCUGGUUACUAUCAUUUCUUUGGGCUUUUUCUGCUCAACGUGUGGAUAUCUCUUGCCCAGUUUGCCCCAGAAUGCUACCCCGGAGGAUAUCACAUUCUUCAGAACUCUCAGCGCAGCAUUCACUUUGAUUCAAUUGAGCUACAGCAGUUUGCAAUCCAGGACCUGAUAUGUGAUCAUUCCCUGACACCGGGAUGGUACCGCUUCAUGAUUGGAGAUCAGCCAGCAGAAAUGCCAACCAAAUGUAUUGAAAUGAAUAAAUGUGGCACACAAGCUCCAGUUUGGCUUUCUCUUGAAGACUCCAACUCGUUGCCUCGCCCUGGUGAAGUAAAGAAACUUACAGCCUGUGCUACGUGGCAGUUCUUCAUGGGCAGCAUCAAAGACUGCUGUUUAUUUCGGAUCCCUGUAUCUCUCAGGAACUGUGGGUCAUUCUUUGUUUAUUACCUUCAGCCUACUCAGGGAUGCAUGGGCUACUGUGCUACUGAAGCAGUUGCAGAAACAAAGUCACUGUCCUGCGUUCCAUGGGGAGUAACAAUAGAUGGAACCUGUCAAGCUAAGCUUCCCAAUCUACCUGACAGACCAGUGAUAACUCCAGAGUUAGUGGGUACCAGCAUCCACCUGAAGUGCAGCUAUAUGAAAUCUGCUUUAAACAGUACUGUAGCGUAUGUGGUGAUGUGGUCACGGGUUUCUCCACUUAACAGGAAGGAAGAGAUAAAGAGAGACACAACCCGUCAACUGUUCUCGUUUGUGGAGAUGGAUGGGAUGACUUUAAAACUGGGCGAUACGGUUUACUGUAGUGUAUCCGCCUUCUUGAGGGGUUCUCCAGACAUACGUACUUUUCCCAGGGAUAGUAAACCAUUCUUUGCUGGGAUUAAGUUUGACCCAGUGUCUUUGCAAAUCACAGAAGAUGGUAAAGCACAUACGUUGUUGAUCCAAAGUACCAUUCCUAUCGCUUGCCUGGAAGAAGGCCAGGAUGUGAACAGUUGUAAAAUAGCACUUCAGCUCACUAUCAAUGAUUCAGAUAGUGUGAGUUCCACAACACUGAACAUAGCACUAUCCUCAUGCCAGGUGGAUUUGGUACAGAUGCCUGCUUGUACGGGUGGCAGCUGUGCAAGAAGCUCACUCUCUGUGAUGGCUGUAACUGAUUUUGCACGCGAUGGAAAUCGUGUCAGCAGUAUUAGAAUUGAGCCAAUUCAAUCAAAGCAUCUCCUUUGGCGGGGUUACUCCCCUAAGGAAAUGAAGGUGAUCGUUCAAGACCUCCCAACAGGAAAUUGUUAUUCUUUCACUGAUCCCCAUAUUAUCACUUUUGAUGGCAGACGCUAUGACAACCAUAAAACUGGGACUUUUAUUUUGUACAAGAGCCUUUUGCGAGAAUUUGAAGUUCAUGUGCGUCAGUGGGAUUGUGGCAGCCGCCACUAUGCUGUAUCAUGUAACUGUGGAGUGGUUGCCAGGGAGGGUGAUGACAUCAUUGCAUUUGACAUGUGCAACGGACACUUUCAAGAAACCAGGCCUCAUUUGUCAGUGAAAAGCAGUGGACCAGAACCACAUCGUAUCAAAAUAAUGGACGCGCACCAAGGAAAGAAGAUCACUAUCAUGUUCCCGUCAGGAGCAUUUGUUCGUUCAGAUGUGAGUGACUGGGGAAUGAGCAUAACAGUACGAGCUCCCAGCAUUGAUUUCAACAAUACAAGAGGUCUCUGUGGAAUCUUUGACCGAAACAGCAAUAAUGACUUCCAUGGUGCCGAUGGGAUUCCACUGGCAGCUGCACAUUGGAAUAAUGCCCCUGACGAUUUCAUCGAGGAAUGGAGAGUACAUCCAGGAGAAAGUUUGUUUGACAAGACACCACCAUCCUCUGAGAGACAAAAACGAAGAAAUUAUUGUGGUUGUCGAAAGGAAUAUGCUAUGUCUCUCCAUUCGUUCAAUAAGCUGACCACUGAAUUUGGUCAUUCUCAUCUAUCGUCUAGUUGCCAGGCAUAUGAUAAUGUGGAUUUGACUUCAGUGAUUCCUUUUUUGGAUGUUACUGCAGAAUACAUAAACAAUCCAGAACUGUCCAUGUUCAAAAAGCGUGAUGUAACUGAGUCUUCUAAAAAUUCAGAAGGACAUACAGAUUUGCAAAAAUACUUUCAAGCACCUGGUUCCAAAAGCCAGCUGUUUAUUUCUACCGGUCAGUCGGUGGGAACUUCCCGAUGGCCAGACAUAACUGAUCUUGUUGAACCAAAGAUUACAUUACGUAGAGUAAAAAGGCAAGAUUAUUAUGAAUAUCUACCAAUAUUCACAUUCCAGAGCCUAAGUCAAACUGAUCUAGAAAGCUUAACUUACUUUUUCCCAGAAGACCAUCUGUCUGGAAACCGGCCUAGUGUGCAGCCAACAUGGCCAACUCCAAGUGGACUGACAUCAGCUAAAGCCAUUGAGAUUUGUCAGCAAGCCCUUAGAAAUUCCACAAUUGGUGUGGUAUGUCAAGACUUCCUAGGAAGAAAGCUUAUUGAAGCUGUGGACCUCUGCAUUUUAGACUUGCAACUUAAAGAUGAUCUUGCUUGGGAGGAAGGGUUGCUGGCAUUUCUUGACAAUGAGUGUGAAGGAAAGCUCUUGGAAAAUAGACAUAAAUGGGGCCAUGGAACAGAUGUUGAAGAAAUAGUUACAGCUCUCCGAUGUCCAAAUCGAUGCAGUGGGAAUGGGCAAUGUACAGCAUGGGGCUGCCAGUGCUUUGCUGAGUACAGCUCCCAUGACUGCAGUGUUGCUAAUGAUCAGAUUCCUGAGAUUACCGAUCUGGAGAAUGGUGGCCUGUGUGAUAUUCGAAUCUAUGAGUGCAGCAGCAUCCGAGUAUUUGGUCUGGGCUUCAGGGACUCACCCAGUCUCCAGUGUGAAGCUACUACUCUAAAGUACGUGAAUGAAGAAUGGAUUCUGGGAGCUACGCUAAUAACAAAGGCAACAUUCCUGAGUACCAAAGCUGUUGAUUGCCAAAUUCCAGCACUGACAAGUUUGGCCACUGAGACCGUGGAUUUCAUGUUUUCAGAUAAACCUUUUGCCAGGUGGCAAAUAAAGAUUACAAAUGAUGGAACCUUGUUUAGUAAUACAAAAGUCCUAACGCUCUAUGAUGGGGUUUGCCAAAUCUGUGACAACAUGCCUCACGGAAUUUGUAAGUUGAAGGAAAAGACCUGUAAUAUAGACGGCCUAUGCUAUGGUGAAGGAGACACAAACCCAACAAGCCUUUGUUUACAUUGCAGGCCUGACAUAUCCAAAUUCACCUGGUCUAUAAAUGAAAACAAUCAGCCACCAAUUUACCAGUCGUCCACAGCUAAGCUGCAGACUUUCUUUGGUGAAAAUUUUGUCUACCAGUUCAUGGCUGUGGACCCUGAAGGAUCAGCAGUCCUAUUCUUGCUGGAAUCUGGACCACAGAAUGGCAGCCUAUCACCUGCAGGUCUUCUGAUCUGGAAAGUGAAUUCUCAAGAGUCUGGCAACUUCAGCUUUACUGUAGCUGAUGAAUGCAAUGCACAAAGCACAUAUUCUGUUCAGGUUUUAGUGAAGCCAUGUGGCUGCACUAAUUUUGGAACAUGUGUUACAAAUAUCAAUUUCCCCCCAGGAAGUGGUGAAUACCUCUGUGUGUGUCCUGUUGGUUUUAAAGGAGAGCUUUGCCAAGAAAAUAUAGAUGAAUGUAAAGCAAAUCCAUGUGGUGUUGGCACCUGUGUGGAUGGCGUCAACAACUACACAUGCAACUGUCCAGCUGGUCUCACAGGAUUUGCAUGUCAAGAAGAUGUUAACGAAUGCAAAAAAGCUGCAUGUUUUCCUGGAGUCCUUUGUUUCAAUAAUUUUGGAUCUUACAAAUGUGGAAGUUGCCCACGGAAAAUGCAAGGUGAUGGCCGAUCUUGCAAACCCCUAACCUCUGUCCCACAGAACACAAUUACUUGUGCAAAUAAACCCUGCUUCCCAGGAGUACAGUGCUUUGAUCGGAAACCACCUUCUGUUGGUUUUGCUUGUGGACGCUGCCCUGUAGGAUUCUUUGGCACUGGGCGAACGUGUAUGAAGAUCCCGCGGCAUGUUUCCCCAGAUGUUGCGUCAAGAUUUCAUCAACAUUGGUUUCCCACUCUGAGAAUGAACAAUGGGCCAAUUAAACUGCCACCAGUGAGCCAACAAACCACUCCUGGCUUGACUCCUUUGGCUGGCGGAGUGACAAUGGAGAAAGCAGUUACUAAAGCUAAACCACCUCCAACUCUCAAGACAGAUAAGCCAUACACGACUUUAAGCUUAUCAUCUUCCGUUGGCACUAUGAUGACAGAUCCUGCAAUCCUCAACUCUGGAACCGUAUCCCAGAUUGCUGUUCAACCCAAGUUUCUAAAAAAAACAACCACGUUUUGGAGACCUGCAGCCUCUGCACUGCGAGCUGUGACGGCAUCGCAAGCCAUUUCCAUCACCCGCAUCAGUAAUGAGUUAGUUCCUACUGAGAAAAAGAUGACCUGUGCUGACAUGCCUUGCUUCAAUGGAGUUCCCUGUGAGCCCACACAAUUUGGGAGCUUUAAAUGUGGACGAUGCCCUUUUGGAUACACUGGUGAUGGUGUAACAUGCAAAGCUAUAUGCAGGUACCCUUGUGGAAAGAAUAUGGAAUGUGCAGCUCCCAACACAUGUCGUUGCAAGCCUGGUUACACAGGGUAUAACUGUCACAUAGCAAUCUGUCGGCCUGAUUGCAAAAACAGAGGGAAAUGCAUCAAACCAGAUGUGUGUGAGUGUCCCCAAGGAUACAAUGGCCCGACCUGUGAAGAUGCUCUCUGUAUUCCACCUUGUGAACAUGGUGGAUCUUGUAUAACCAGAAAUACCUGCUCUUGCCAUUAUGGAUUUGUGGGCCCAAGAUGUGAAACAAUGGUUUGCAAUAGACACUGUCAGAAUGGCGGGAAGUGUAUUUCCCCUGAUGUGUGUAAAUGUAAGGAUGGUUGGUCGGGACCCUCCUGUGAAACAGCUGUUUGCACCCCUAUAUGUCUUAAUGGCGGAAUUUGUGUUCGACACAAUAUAUGUAUCUGUCCUCGUGGUUUCUAUGGACUUCACUGUCAGAGUGCUGUUUGCAGUCCCCCCUGCAAGAAUGGUGGUCAUUGCAUGAGAAACAACGUGUGCUCCUGUCCUGAUGGUUAUACAGGAAGAAGAUGCCAGAAGAGUGUCUGUGAACCAAUGUGCAUGAACGGAGGGAAAUGUGUGAGCCCAGAUAUCUGUGAUUGUCCAUCAGGCUGGAAAGGAAAGCGAUGCAAUCAACCAAUCUGUCUGCAAAAGUGCCAGAAUGGUGGAGAAUGUUUGGGAGCGAAUACCUGUCACUGUCAGCCUGGCUGGGAAGGUGUGCUGUGUCAAAUCCCUAUCUGCGAUCAGAAAUGUUUGUUUGGAAGUAAGUGCAUCAGACCAAAUGUGUGUGCCUGCAGGAGAGGAUACGUGGGUUUAGCCUGCGCCAGAAAGCUUCCAAUUGGACAAGGAUAAUGAGCCUGAAGUGUCAAAACUGCUUAUUCUGACCUGCGAUAGGUUAUAGUGGUGGAUCGCACAGUGAAAUUGGGUGAAGAAAAUAUCAGUGUGUUUGUACAAUUUCAUAUCAGUAUAUCUCAGAGAAAUGUCCUGCAAAACCAAAUUAUCAGCAUAUUAUUGAAAACAAUAAUUGCAGGACGUAAAUGUUGUUGUAAGUUAUUGUAUAAAUUAUAUAUAUAUAAAAUAUAUCAAUUAAAUCACCAAGUCAUGUUACAAGGUUGUAGAUUGUACUGUUCGUUCCACAUUUCUGUUGCUACUAUUCUCUUGUAGUCUGACUACCUCGUAAGUAUAUUUUUUUUGUUUUCUAAUGGGACCUAGGUUUUUGACUGAGACAGCUACACUCCACAGUGUACUAGUUGUAUCUCUGAAUGCCUGACCAUUGAUUUACAAUAUACUUGUGUAUCACACCAUUAUAUUCAUUGAUUUAAUUGCAGUGGUGCCAAUACUUUGCAACUCCAUACUGAUUUUUAUUCCAAUAAAAUGCAGCUCCCAUUGUAGUGGAUGUACCUGUUUUGUUAUUCUCUCUGUGUGAUUUGCACCCUUAAGACUUAAUGGACUGUUAGUCAAUAACAUGAAGCUGUUCAUAAUUUGGUACGAAUUUACAAUCGUAGCUAAAAAGAACAAAAGUGACUAAAAGGAGAAGUGGAAAUGUCAGCCUGCUGCAUUGAGAAACGGAAGUAAGGCACAAUUUGUUUGAACAAAGUUACAGGCUCCACUCCUGUAUCUGACCCAUGCCACACUUGGACCAGAGUUGCUCGAAGCUGACACCAGUUUCCAACAUUAGAAAAUGUUCUGUUCCCCCAUACUGACAUUCCUCAGUUGGAUGUCGACAAAAUAUACUUUGGAAAGUUAUGUCUUCAUCAGCAGAGGCUACACUUCACAUUUUGAAGAAUGCAAAUUAUGUUUGGCAAGGGUGGAUAAAUAAAUUCUUAUUGGAGCUUUGAAAUAUUUGAGUUGUCAGUAUUUCUGUCAAUUUAUGUUAUCCAUUUGAGCAAUGUAAAUACAAUAGUGUAUUUGAUCAAACAUUGUUUUAUGAAUUGUAUUUACAGAUUAGUUUAAAUCAUGCAAAGCCAGAUUCUCAAUGACCAUCAUCCUUUUCAAAAGGUCAAAACCGUUUCUAGCUAUAAAAUUAAUCCAUAUCCAAUAUAAAAUGAACAAGAAGAGUGUGAUCAAUUGUUAUGUCUUUCAAAGAGCAGACACAGGCGGCUUGGUCCUAUUGUCUACUGAACUUCCUUACUCCAAAUGAAUGUUUGAAGAAAGUAUGAAGUUUUGCCAAUAUAUAGGGUGCAAUGAUAGGGAAACAUUUACUAAUUCAAUUGGAGACAAUGUUUCAUUUCAUCAAAAAACACUGGGCUGAUAAUUCUCAGUACUCCUUUGGCACUGCCAAUAGUGUUGUCUCUUAGAUUUCACCAUGACACUUUGAUGCAGCCUGCCAACCUAAGAAUUUAAUUUAUCAGAAUCUGGUACCACAGUAUUGCAUUCAUGACAUUCUCAUGUAGAAAUGAAAAUCUAAAUUUAUCCUUCAAAUGUCUUUUUAUGGCUGGAAAAGGCAAUAUUUGUUAUUUAACACAAAGGUAAAUGUCAGGUGUUUACAACGCUUGUCACUGGCAACAGAAAUUUCAGGUCCUUGAAAUGACGGUAUCAACAUGGAAUUACAUUGAAGUGUGGAGGCUUAAAUUGGGUUUUAUUUUCAUUUUGUUAUCAAUGCACGUAACGACACUGCCAUACUGAGAUUUCCUUCAACAGACAAUAUGUCAGUAUUAUUCAAACAAGGCAUUAUUGCUCAUGCGUUCACCUUCACAGAGGCAGGAUGUGAGUCGGUAGGGCUACUGGUUAAGGGAUUAAUAGCCUAUUAAUGCCUCAUGUCCGACAUUGAUUGGAAUUCUCCAACUGACCUGUGGACCUGUUGGAAACUGGUCCAAUUUCUUCGAGGCACCUUGCUGGUGGUAUUCCAGGGAAGCUUUGAGGCCUUGCCCUUCUGCCUUCUCACAGACCAUAGGCUGUGCCUCUGUACUAUGGUGAUCUUCCUGUUGAACCCUUUUUUGUUGUUCAGAUAAACUUCUAAAAUUUGCAGAUAGAACACUUCAAGAUGCAAGUGCAACCUGUCUGUCUUACUCACACACCUGGACUGCUAGCUGUUGCUGAGCUGGAAAGCCUCCUGUUUCUCCCCCAGUUUCAAAAUCCCAUGCCUUCUGUCCUUAACUGGAUGGCCAUCUGGCUAUGAAUUGACCAAUUCAGGGAAAAUGUGGUGUAAUGUUCGUGUCACAACCUCUGAGCCAGGAUGUGCAUAUUCAAGUCCCCACAGCGAUGGAUAACAUCUCUGAAGAGGUUGAUUUUUAAAAAUAAAUCACUCCUGGUUGACUGUCCCCAUAUUGUGCAGGUUGUGAUCCCUGUUCGAUUUCAGCUCAAAACCUCAUGAAUUUGAUGCAAUUGCUUCAUCAGCUUUCAUCAGCCACUACUAAGAUCUAAAGCAAUACAUGGACAAUUUUCCAUACUUUUCAUUCCUUUGUAUCUAUAACUAACUUAUUAAUGAUUGAAUGAAAAUAUUAGUUGGAGUGUUUUGUACAAUUAACUUUUGUAUAUAAUAACAAAAUAUGUUAAGUAAAGUCAUAUUUGGAACAUUUCUUCUGGCUCAUUACAGAAAACUAUUGAUUUCUGAAUGUAUA